AUGAGCUCCAUAAGCUUGCGGAGCUUGGCUCCUGCCUCCAAGGUUUCCCGUGUCUUGCGAGACCAGAGACGUCUUUUCUCCUCAUCCCGCGCUGCUGCCCGUAUCUGGACUGGCAACAACCCUCUUCGCGCCAAGGCCGCCAAUGGCUACAUCUCUGAGAAGUACCCCGUGAUUGAUCACGAGUACGAUGCCGUCGUUGUCGGUGCUGGUGGUGCCGGUCUGCGCGCUGCCUUCGGUCUGGCUGAGGCUGGUUUCAACACUGCCUGUGUUUCCAAGCUUUUCCCUACCCGUUCUCACACUGUCGCUGCCCAGGGUGGUAUCAACGCUGCUCUUGGAAACAUGCACGAGGAUGACUGGAGAUGGCACAUGUACGAUACCGUUAAGGGUUCCGAUUGGCUCGGUGACCAGGAUGCUAUUCACUACAUGACCCGUGAGGCUCCUGCCUCCGUCCGUGAGCUCGAGGGUUACGGUUGCCCCUUCUCCCGUACUGAGGAUGGCCGUAUCUACCAGCGUGCUUUCGGUGGUCAGUCCAAGGAUUUCGGUAAGGGUGGUCAGGCUUACCGUUGUGCUGCUGCUGCUGAUCGUACCGGUCACGCUCUGCUCCACACCCUCUACGGCCAGUCUCUGCGCCACAACACCAACUACUUCAUCGAGUACUUUGCCCUCGAUCUCCUGAUGGAGGAUGGUGAGUGCCGCGGUAUCAUUGCCUACAACCAGGAGGACGGUACCCUGCACCGUUUCAAGGCCCACCACACUGUUCUGGCCACCGGUGGAUACGGACGUGCCUACUUCUCCUGCACUUCUGCCCACACUUGCACUGGUGACGGUAUGGCCAUGGUUGCCCGUGCUGGUCUGCCUAACCAGGAUCUGGAGUUCGUCCAGUUCCACCCCACUGGUAUCUACGGUGCCGGUUGUCUGAUCACUGAGGGUUCUCGUGGUGAGGGUGGUUACCUCCUCAACUCCGAGGGUGAGCGUUUCAUGGAGCGUUACGCUCCUACCGCCAAGGAUCUGGCUUCCCGUGACGUUGUCUCCCGUUCCAUGACCCUGGAGAUCCGUGAGGGCCGUGGUGUUGGUCCCGAGAAGGACCACAUCUACCUCCAGCUGAGCCACUUGCCCGCUGAGCUUCUCCACGAGCGUCUGCCCGGUAUUUCCGAGACCGCCUCCAUUUUCGCUGGUGUCGAUGUCACCAAGCAGCCCAUUCCCGUCCUGCCCACCGUCCACUACAACAUGGGUGGUAUCCCCACCAAGUACACUGGUGAGGUUCUUGAUGUUGAUGAGAACGGUAACGACAAGGUUGUUCCUGGUCUGUACGCUUGUGGUGAGGCCGCCUGUGUGUCUGUCCACGGUGCUAACCGUCUCGGUGCCAACUCCCUGCUCGAUCUGAUUGUCUUCGGUCGUGCUGUUUCUCACCGUGUCCGUGACAUUGCCGCCCCUGGCAAGCCCCACAAGGAGCUGGCUUCCGACGCUGGUGCUCAGUCCAUCCAGGACCUCGACUUCGCCCGUAACGCCGAUGGUCCUAAGUCCACCAACGAGAUCCGUUCCGCUAUGCAGAAGGCCAUGCAGACUGAUGUCUCUGUGUUCCGUACCCAGGAGUCCCUUGACGAGGGUGUCCAGAAGGUCAACGAGAUCGACACCUGGUACGACCAGGUCGGUACCAAGGACCGCAGCAUGAUCUGGAACUCCGACUUGGUUGAGACCCUUGAGCUCCGCAACCUGUUGACUUGCGCUACCCAAACCGCCACCGCCGCCGCUAACCGUAAGGAGUCUCGUGGUGCUCACGCCCGUGAGGAUUACCCCGAGCGUGACGACGUCAACUGGAUGAAGCACACCGUCACCUGGCAGAAGAAGGCCCACGGCAAGGUUGACCUGAGCUACCGUGCCGUUGAGGCUAACACCCUGGACGAGGCUGAGUGCAAGCCCGUUCCUCCCUUCAAGCGUACCUACUAA